UUAUAUAUAUAUAUACCAUAUGAGAUCUUCCCCGGCUCGUAAAAAUUCUCCCAAGAAAGCAUCGCCUGCCGAUGAACAUGGCUCUGGUAGGAAUCACAUAGAGCAACCUAUAACUAAGAAAAUCAAUCAAAGCAACCCCAAAGCUUACCAGAGAAUUUUGUACCAUUCUCGUACGGAUAGCAUAACGAAGCUGCCAGAGGGAUUUGAUCCGAAUUCGGCCUUUAUACGAAAUGAAAGGCAGCGAGAUAAAUCACCCCCGGCUCCUGUCAGUUUGAUACUCAGAGAGAAGCAGGGGACGAAUGUUAAUCGCCAUCAGCGCGUCGAGAAAGAUACGAAUGUCCAGGGAAGGAAAGAAGGCAAGCGUAUUAAGAGUACUUCUACUCCCAAGGGCGCCAAGAAAUACGUAGCAGCCAAAGCGUCGGAAUAUGAAAGCGAAGACCAGGAAUCUAGGGAAGAAGAAGACUUCGAAAACGACGAAUCGAAUACGGAAAGGGAGGAGGACCUGAAAAGAUUGAUGGACAAGAGUACGCUCAAAAAAAUUUACAAUCUGGAUUUGGAUUACCCCAAGGAAUCCGUGUCUAGACACAGGGACGGCAAUUCUGACGAUAAUGGCAAGGAAAUUACGCGCUCUUCUCCGCGAGCCCAUGCCGUUUCGAACACGGAAAAAUCUGGAAAAGGUGUCAGGAGAGAGAGUAUGAGUUACAACGUGUGCGCCGACAGUAUUAUGAGGUACUCUAUAAGUCAGAAAGACGAAGAACAGCUGCUAUCUAGACCAAUACCCAAGGCCCGUACCAAACCUUAUUUACCCAAAAAGAAAUCACUCGACCAGGAGCUCUUGCAACAAAUCAAGGAAAAAACGAAAACUUACUGCCCUGUAACAGAUAGUUGGAGCGUUAUUGAUAAAUCCAUGAUCCGUAAACUGAUGGACAAUUUAGAAUAUGAAUUAGAGAUUGAUGAUAUAAUGGAAGAUGAAGAACCCAAGAGUGGAACUAAAGCUGUUAAAAAUGACCAUCGUCACAACAGAAAUAUUGCUGUGCAUCCUUGUCCCUAA